AUGAGGCCAAGGGGUCGAGAAGGAAGCUGCGAUGCCAAUCGCCAUGUCGACGCAGCCGACGGCGACCGCGACGACCGCGACGAUCGGGUUGGUGGCAAGGCCAACGACGACGAUAAAGAGGACGCCAGCGAUGAGGACAACGGAGCCGCGGAGCUGGCAGCUCUGCGUGCCGGCGCAGGAGCAGAAGCGGAAGGUGAAGGUCUAAAUCUCUACCAGGACGCUGAGGGCGGCGGCGCCGGUGGGCGUCGUUCUCACCGUCGACCCUCUGCUGCCGUCCCUCCCGUUGACGAGCAGCAUGAUCGAGUAGCUCCGCCGCAGCAGCCAUGGAUGCGGAUCACGACUGGGGUGCUGGUUCAGAGCUCAGCGCGAAGCAACAAAGGUCUCUUGCUUCCUUCACACACCAACGACACGAACGCAAAGACAUGA